AUGGCCGAAGUCCAGAGAAUCGCAGAUCGGAUAGUCUCCCCCGAUACGCCUCGAGACCCCAAUUUCACCAAGUUCGCCUUCUCAGACUUCGUCGCCAAAUCCUUCAGCUUCGCGCUCGCUUCCGAUGUGCCGGUCUGCAAGGCCUACCGCGAAGGCCACUGCCCGCUUGGCCCGCUAUGCGCAGAACGUCACCCGACCCCGUCUCGCAUAUCAACCUCUUCCUCACCCGCCAUCGCACCCUCCUCAACACAUGGGAGCUUAGUGUGCAAACAUUACCUCAAGGGACUGUGCAAAAAGGGGUUGAAAUGUGAAUACCUACACGAAUAUAACCUACGCCGCAUGCCGGAAUGUCAGUCCUUCUCUCGCAACGGAUUCUGUCCUAAUGGAGACGACUGUCUAUAUCAGCAUGUUUCCGGAGACGCGAAGCUGCCACAGUGCGAACAUUAUGACCAAGGGUUCUGUCCGUUGGGUCCUAUCUGCGCCAAACGACAUGUGAGGAGGAACCUGUGUCGGUUCUACCUGGCCGGGUUCUGUCCUGCAGGAAAGAGUUGUACGGAUGGUGCUCAUCCACGCUGGGCAGAGAACUUACCUAAACCGACUGUUAGGGUGGAAAAGACGCAGGAGGAGAUCGAGAGUGAGAGGGCCAGAAUUAGGGAAGAGCAGGAGCGUGAAGAAGAGAGGGAGAGAGAGUGGAGGAGAGAGAACCGUGGUCGGGACGGCAGGUUCCCUCGAGGACGAUAUCGGGGGAAGAGAUGA